AUGGAGGCUUUCCCCGGCGGUAAGCUGGAGCAGCACCGGCAUCUUCCGCCCGUGGAGUGCCUGCCGGGCGCUCGCUACGGCGGCCGGAGUCACAGCGCCUGUGGGAACGUUUUCAACUCCUGGAACGAUUACCUAGGGCUGGCCACGCUCAUCACCAAGGCCGUGCGCCCCGGCAAGGGCUUCAGCGCCGAGCCCCCCUCGGUGGUAGUGGCGGCUGCCGUGCCACCGGCCGAGGAGGAGGAGGAGGAAGAAGAGGAGGAGGAAGAGGCGGCGGGGCCGUACUUCGAGGGCGGACUGGACUUGCACGACCUGGCCCUGUGCGGACAUCAUCACCACCAUCAUCAUCACCACCACAGCGAGGGCCUAUUGGAGGAGCGCUUUGCCGACUUCAGCCCCUUCCCCGGGCGCGGCGGCCCCGCCGCCGUGGUGUUGGAUUGCUCGGGGGAGCACCCGGGCCGGGAGGGCUCGCCCCAUGCCUGGGGCGGGGUGGUGGUGGCGGGGCGACUGCCGACCCACCCGCGGGCCGCCUCCCGCCUGCUUAAACCCGAGCUGCAGGUCUGCGUCUUCUGCCGGAACAACAAGGAGGCCGUGGCCCUCUACACCACCCACAUCCUCAAGGGACCCGACGGCCGCGUUCUUUGCCCGGUGCUGCGACGCUACACCUGCCCCCUCUGCGGUGCCAGCGGCGACAAUGCCCACACCAUCAAAUACUGUCCCCUCUCCAAAAUGCAAGCGGCCAAACAGCUCAAACACACCCGGACCGUCCUGGGGAAGAAGGGCCGUUAG